UAUUUAGUCUGGCGCUGCAGUCACACGCAUAGCAAAACAUUACUGGCCCAUGGUUAGUGCCCUUUGGUAUGUUUUCUGAGCUAUGGAUGAAGGUUCAAAUCCUAGACAACAUAUUCAAAAUGUCUGAAAGCGAUCUUAAAUUUACGAGUGAAGAAAGUGUAAACAAAAGCAAUAAAUUGACUGUUACUCCUAUUCCCGAACAAGCAAUUAAUGUAAUAGUAAUGGAAAAGGAGCAAGAACUUCCUCAAAAAAAAGUGCGAAUAGAUUUACAGUCUUUACCCACCCGCCAAUAUUUAGACCAAACUGUAGCCCCUAUUUUAUUGCAAGGUUUAAUGUUACUUGCAAGGGAGAGGCCUCCAGAUCCUAUAAGUUAUUUGGCCGCUUAUCUACUUAAAAACAAAAUGACUUUUGAUCAAUGCUCAGGAACUCCACCAACUGGUACACAAACAUGACUCCUAGAUCAAUGCUAGAUCUCAUUCCCUUAAGUUUUACUUUAAUUUAAACACGAGA